AUGGUUCAAAACUUACCAUUUCUUGGAGCGUUGCUGAGCGCUGAGGUUGAACUGGCUGUACACCUGUUGGCACUGGAAGAUCGAAGUGCAAUGAAGAAGAGCACGAAACCACCACCAAGCAACCUAAGCAGAGAAGAACAACAUGCCCUCAAGAAAAUACAAAGGAACACAAGCGUUGUCGUCCUGCCAGCUGAGAAAGGAAACGCUACAGUCGACAUGAACAGAGAGGAGUACGAGCAGAAAAUCCAAAACUUGUUGUACCCAGUCACUUACACAAAGCUCAAAAAAGACCCGACUGGAGCCAAGCUCAGAAACAUCAACCGCCUGAUCAAAAUAUCCUCAAUAGACGAGAACACCAUGAAGAGGAUUAUUAGACCAAGCGUCAGUGUCCCGGGAUCACCAACUUACGAUAUAGCAAAAUAUCUAUCCUCACUUCUGCAGCCACACUUGGGGUCCACAGGAACAUACAUCAAGGAUUCCGAAGAUUUCAUUAAGACGAUCCAAGACCUCAUACUGGAUCCUACGGACAUGCUGGUCAGCUUCGAUGUUGAAUCUCUAUUCACAAAGGUACCCGUGGAUGAAUCCAUAGAAUUAGUGGCGGAGCUAUUUGAAGAGAGUACAACAAAUCUGUUCAAGGCUUGUCUAAAGGGGAGCUACUUCCUAUGGAAUGGAUAUUACUACGAACAAAAGGAAGGAGUAGCCAUAGGAAGCCUACUCAGUCCGGUGGUGGCGAAUCUAUUCAUGGAGAAGUUUGAGGAAACAGCGUUGAUCACCGCUCCCCUUAAACCAACGAUCUGGUACCGAUAUGUCGAUGAUACGUUCGUGAUAUGGAGGCAUGGACGCAAAAACCUGGACAUCUUCCUCGACCAUCUACACAAGCAGCACCCAGACAUCCAAUUUACCGUGGAAGUUGAACAAAACUACCAACUGGCCUUCCUGGAUGUUUUGGUGCCUAGGCAGGGGAAUCGGUUGGACCAUAAGGUAUAUCGAAAAGCCACCCCCACAAACAGAUAUCUUCACAAGCUAUCUAACCACCAUCCGAGUCAAAAGCAGGGAAUCAUUAAAACUCUCACGGAUAGAGCCAGAAAAAUAUGUGGGCCACAAGAUCUAACUAGAGAACUACAGCACCUGGAAAAAGCAUUUCUUCAGAACGGUUAUUCCCAGUUGGACAUCAAAAGACCUGUAGGAGUGGGCCGUGCGGAAAAAAGUGAAUCCACUAUGAAAGCUUUCCUGCCUUUUGUUCCCAAGGUUACGGACAGAAUUGGGAGGUUCCUGAGGAAACACAACAUAAGAACUACAAGCCCACAACAAAGAUCCGAAAAUGUCUAG